UACACCUAAAAUCUGGAUCAAAAUUUUAUGGCACAUUGUCAUGCAGAGCCUCAAAGGCAUAUUGGCCACAAGAAAAAAUUGCCAGGUGAAAAAAAGAUGAAGAUAGAAUUUAUAUCAACGCAAAGAAGGAGCUACUGAUGGAAAUACUUUCCUUGGACCGUAUUGUUCAUGAAAUAAUAACCCCAUAAGAACGUCAUGAUAUGGCUGAUAAAUAUGAUAUUUAGUCACCAUUAUUGAAUCCUCACAUGGAAAUUAAUUUAGAUGGUUCUCCCAGCGAAAUAGAGAAAAACGAAUUUUGUCUGGGAGUUUCAGCUUUGAUAUUUCACAGCUUCACAGAUCAGUCUUCUAGGGGAUGGAGCCAAAACGAGUUGCUGUUAUAGGAGCUGGAGCCAGUGGCCUGGUAGCUAUCAAAGCCUGCCUGGAUGAAGGACUUGUUCCAGUGUGUUUUGAGAGAACAGAGCACAUUGGGGGACUGUGGAGGUAUACAGACAAACCAGUGGAUGGCCAAGCUUGUGUCAUGAAGUCAACAGUCAUUAACACAAGUAAAGAAAUCAUGGCAUACAGUGAUUUCCCCAUACCUGCUGAAUUCCCCAUUUUCAUGCACAAUUCACAUGUAUAUGAAUACUUCAAAAUGUAUGCUGAUAAUUUUAAGCUGGCCAAACAUAUAAAAUUCAACAUUGAGGUGCUAUAUGUGAAGAGGUCAGAAAAGUUUGCUAUCACUGGUCAGUGGGAGAUCAAAUAUAGAGACAAGGAAACAGAUGGGGUCACAACAGAAACAUUUGAUGGAGUUCUUGUCUGCACUGGUCACCAUGCUGAAAAAUAUGAGCCCACAUUUCCUGGACUUAGCCAGUUUCAAGGAAAGGUCAUUCACACCCAUGAUUAUAGAAAGCCAGAAGGUUUUGAAGACAAAAGAGUUUUGAUAAUAGGGGUAGGCAACUCUGGUGGGGAUGCUGCAGUAGAACUGAGCAGGAUUGCAUCCCAGGUAUUCCUUAGCACACGACGAGGUACUUGGAUACUUAACAGGAUCAGUGACAGAGGUUACCCCCUUGAUAUGGUUACCUUCAAUCGACCUAUGAACUGUAUAAUUGGGCUACUACCGAGUGUGUUUAACAAGUUGAUCAAGAAAAAAGUCAAUGACAAAAUCGACCAUGAUGUCUAUGGCCUGACUCCUGAACAUGGUGUGUUCCAGCAACAUCCUAUGGUCAAUGAUGACCUGCCCAACAGAAUCAUUUGUGGCUCUGUCAAGAUUAAAACUGAUGUGAAACGUUUCACUAGCACUGGUGUGGAGUUUAUGGAUGGAACAUUUGAAGAUAAUAUUGAUAUAGUAUUAUUGGCAACUGGAUAUGUAUUUGGAUUUCCUUUCAUAGAUAAAGAAAUCAUUGAUGUGAAAGAGAACAGAGUUCAGCUCUAUAAGUACAUGUACCCCCCAGACUUAGAGAAAAACACUCUAGCAGUUAUUGGAUGCUUCCAACCACUUGGUGCUAUCAUGCCUAUAGCUGAAAUGCAGUGCAGGCUAGCCACUAGAGUCAUUAAGGGUGAAAGUUUCUUGCCUCCUAAACAAAGAAUGUGGGAGGAUAUAAGAGAGAAGGAAGCCAACAUGGCCAAAAGAUAUGUGAAAUCCCAGCGACACACUAUUCAAGUAGAUUACCUCCCCUUCAUGGAUGAGUUGGCUGAGCUGGUCGGAUGUAAAGUAGAUAACUGGGAUCUUUUGAAAAAAGACCCAGUUCUUGCCUUCAAAGUGAUGUUUGAUACAGUCACUCCCUACACCUACAGACUCUAUGGACCUGGUAAAUGGCAGGGUGCCAGGAAUGCCAUUAUGAACCAGUGGGACAGGACAUUGGCCCCGCUCAAAACCAGGCCACUGCCAUCCAGCAAAGGCACCUUAAGAAACAGCUACUUAUUCAACUUGGCCAUUGUGCUUGCUGUGUUUUUCCUGCUGAGAUUUCUACUCUCAUUAUUCUAAAAAAAUUGCUAAAUUUUUUAUGUAAUUUUACUGUAAUAUAAUGUGCAAUGAAUGUACGAUUCAGUCAAUGUCUUAUACUAUUUGUGAUAACUUACAAGUACAUAGUUUACAGUACAGAGAAAAAGUUUAAAUCAUUUGUUUAUUCACUUACAAUUUUUAUUUUCACAUUUUUUCUUAUUACUGUAGAUUUAUUUUUAAUUUUUUUUUCUGUUAUUGACUUUAAAGA